AACAUUUUCUCAAUACAAACUAUCUACAGGUCGUCCUCCUAAGAAUAAUCCUCUCUUCAACGAGAUGCGACCAAACCUCGCGCUCGGCUCCUUCUAAAAAUACCAAGGACGGAUCAGAACAGAAACGGACAGGGCCACCUCAGACCCAACCAACAAGUCGGACCGCCACAAGUGUGUCGAGGCGUGCCCACGCAGCCAAGACUGGGUAGCUCCGAUCGAGCGCCAGACCUAGCAAGGUAGCUAGCUCGGUGCUCCCGCAGGUACAUCUCCAUCCAGUCCCGCAUGUGCGCCGCCUUCGCAGACGUCACAUGUCGCGUGUGAAGUGAGCUCUCACCGCGCGGUGCCGGACUUUGGUCCAUCGACGAUGGGCGCGCAGACGCUGCUCCAGCAUAGCCAAGCAACCGAGAACUUGCCCUGAGCAAAACACCCGACUUCAGCUCUCCUCCGCCCGCGAAUCAACGAGACUCGGCCGCCGCCGCCCAACCCGCCGCCGUCCACCCCCUCGAUCGACGCAGGCCGCCCCGGCGGGCCCCUCCCGCCAAAGCAGCCGCGAUGUUGCUCCUCCACCAGGUCGGCAGCGUCAAGAUCGGCGAGGUGGUGCGGUACACGGUGACGUACACGCCCUCGCACGACCGCAUCCUGCCGUCGCCCGAGUGCCUGCACCUCCGCAUAAAGAACACCUCCCUCAUCGCCCUGCGCGCCGCCUUCGUCCACGGACCCUACACGCUCGGGGUCGCCGCCUACCCCGCCCACUACGACCCGAACCGAAAGUUCGCCAACCCCCGCCGAUACGGCGUCCCCGAGUUCGAGCCCAUGCUGAAGGCCGGCGGCGCCUGGACCUGCCGCCUCCUCGUCCCCGACAACAUCCGCCAGUCUGCCGGUUCCGGCGUCAGCCAGGGUCACUUUGGCGGCCCCAUCCCUCCCACCGCCGUCACCGCCGCCGACCCCGCAAACCUCACCUCCUCCUCCUCGGAAGCCAUCCACCUCCAGCCCGCCCUCGACUCCGCCUCGUGGGUUAUCGAGGUCUCUAGCCAGGUCAUAUUCUCCACCUCGGCCGCCGUCAACUACGAAAUUCUGCUUGCCCGCGACGAGAAGUCCCUCAGCCUCGGCGCCCCGGCUGUGGCUGUCAUCGGCGGAACCCAUGCUCAGGCCCCCCAGCCCGGGAAGAUCAGCGAUUUCACCUCGCCGCCGCCCUCGCUGCUUCCGGGCUUCCAACAGCAGCAGCACGGACGUGGAGCCCUUCAAAGGGGCGUCUACUCGGGGGCCAUCCGCCUCAAGGUCGAGGAUACAGGUGCGCUCUGGGACACCCCGCGUUUGGGCCACUCCAACCCCUCGGACCUGGCCAAACCGAAGCACCAUGCCCACCUCCCCAAGGGUCCAGCCCUGGAGGCGACAAGCCCGGUGCCGGCAGCUCCGCAGUCCCAACCGCAGGCAACCCCCAAAGAUAUGGACAAAAAGGGAGAGAACGGGCAAGGCGAGGCGUCUACAGGCCGCAGCAAGGACGGCGGAGAAGGUUCAUCAAAGCUGGACGAUAAAAAACAGAAGAUACAUCUCGUGAUGCUUACACAUGGCCUGCACAGCAAUCUCGGCGCGGACAUGCUGUUCCUAAAGGAGAGCAUAGACUCGGCUGCCAGACAGGCAAAAAUUGACGCCAGGGCAAGGCGUGCCCGAGAGGUGCAAGAACGGAGAGAGCAGAGGCGCAAGCAGCGAGAAGAAAGGUUACAAGAAAGAGAAAAGCAGGCCGCAAAAGCCCAGGAGAAGGAGGAGGAGGCAAAUGUCGGCACCGAGGCGCAGGCGGAAGCCCAGCCAAAGGACGAUAACGGUGUAUCAGCCCCUGAGGAGGCCGAGGACAAAAGGCAUGGCGUCGGCACAUCAUCAGCCCAGAACAUGGACAGCAAACCGCCACCUCCGAGCGAGACGGAGUCGGGGUUAGAAGAUGACGGCGAAGACGAAGGUGACGACGAUCAAGUCGUGGAAGAAGAUGAGGAGGUCGUGGUGCGUGGGUUCUCGGGCAAUGCCACACGAACAGAAAGGGGCAUAAAAUACCUGGGCAAACGCCUCGCCCGGUAUAUCCUAUCAAUGACGUACCCCGACCAGCCUUUCCUGCCGGCGUCCAUGGCGAUGGCCAAAGAGACCGCGGCGCACGCAGCAUCCAAGGAGAGCGGGGCCCCAGGUGCUGGGUCGGCGCCAGCACCGGCGCACAAACACAGCAGCAUACUCAAGGCGCCCCGCGCCAGCGACGAUGCUCGCACGUAUCGCAUCACCAAGAUCAGCUUCGUAGGCCAUUCGCUUGGAGGACUUGUUCAGCUAUACGCCAUUGCAUACAUCCAGAAGCACUCGCCCAAUUUCUUCCACAUAAUCAAGCCUAUCAACUUCAUCGCCCUUGCAUCACCGCUGCUUGGGCUAAACCACGAGAACCCCCUCUAUUUCAAGUUUGCGCUGGACUUUGGCCUCGUCGGGAGGACAGGCCAAGACCUGGGACUGACGUGGAGAGCUCCCACCAUCGCCCGGAGCGGCUGGAGCGCCAUCGUGAGCAACUUGGGCGAGAAUGCGCACAAGAAGCUGAUGGGCGGCGAGGCCCAGGCCGAGUCCAAGCCUCUCCUGCGAAUACUGCCCACGGGGCCCGCCCACGUUGCCCUGCGCGCCUUCCGGAACCGCACCCUCUACUCCAACGUGGUCAAUGACGGCAUCGUGCCCCUGCGCACCAGCUGCCUGCUCUUCCUAGACUGGCAGGGCCUCGGCCGCGUCGAGAAGGCCCGUCGUGAAGCCGGACUGGUCGAGACUGUCGUGGGUUUUGGCUGGUCCGAGCUCAUGGGCGCCAACGUCACGUCUCCGAGGGAGCCGACAUGGCAGGCUGACGACAGUAAUGAGGAGACUGAUGGGCCCGGCGACACAAAACGGAGGCAAUCUGUUGAGCUGCCUGGCCCGGCCAUGGCCGGUGGCGGAGACGGGGACCAGAGCCCCAAGGGUGACGGCGUCACGACGCCCAUGGCUCCUUACUCGCACGAGGUCCCGCAACCACCAGGUAAUGCCAUACUGGAAGAUGACAGGCAGAGCAUACGGUCGGUGGCGUCGCCGGCCUGGGGGAUUCACUCGACGUCCUCGGUAGCGUCGGCGAACCCCUUCACCGGCAUCUUCAACUUUUUCCGCAAGGACGAGCCGACCAAAGAGACGUCGCCGAGCCAGAAGCAGACGCAGAUAUUCAAGCGCAGCCAAACGCUGCUGAAGGAGGAGGGGUCGUACAACAACUCGGCGUCCUCGCCCCGGUCCAAGGUGACUAGCGGCCACGAACUAAGCGACGAGCCUAGCGAGAAUGGCAUGUCGGCGCCCCCGAGGACGACCUUCUUUGAGGCCGCCGGGGACCUCCUCAACCCGAAGCUGCCGUCGGUCGAGUACCUGAUCGACCCUUCCAAGCGGCCGCGAACCAUCUUCCACGACCGCAUCUACCAUCCCAGUGACAUCCCGCCGCCGCCCGUCAAGAAGCGCCCGACGAGCAGCUCCCUGCACAUACGCCGCCGCUCCAGGGCCGGCUUGCCGGAAGAUGGCAGCACAGACUCUAAACACUUGAAGGUAACCGCCGAAGCGGCCGCAUCGGGUGAGGCGGACGUGGCGGCGACGGCAGCGGCAAAGAAAAGCAUGUCGAUGCCGUCGUCGCCCGUGAUGCCGCGGCAGCAGGUGCUUUCGCCACAGAGCACAAUACUAUCGCCCAUGACGGACGGCGGCGGCGACGCAUCCAGAUCGAAAGGAAGCAAGGAGCCCGCCCAGGUGGUAGACAACGCAGGGAUGCGGGUCGAGGAGAAGAUCGCUCGGGCUUACCACAGAGGCCUGUCGUGGCGCAAGGUGCUCGUCAAGCUGGAGCCGGACGCCCACAACAACAUCAUUGUCCGCCGUACCUUCCCCAAUGCCUUUGGUUGGCCUGUCGUCAAGCAUCUUGUCGACGCCCAUUUCAGCGACUCGGCCUCGGCCCGCACCCCAGACAGCGCCGAGACCAGCCGCGAGCGAGCUGUAGGUCUGGGCAUCGGUCCGGACGAGCAAGGAAAGGAGACCAGAACCCAGGAGCCCGAGGCGGAGAGCACAAAACCGAUGCCCCGGGAUAUAGGACGCCGGAACCACGACUUCCGAUCCCCCGGCCGCAAGGCCUCGGUGAACCGCACGGCCAGCGAGGCGCGUGAGGCCACUGACAAACUCUCGGACCUGCCGUUGACGCCGCCACAACGACGGUCCUCCAUGUCGAUCGCCACGGACAGGCACAGCCCCGGGCGCGCGAGCGACGGGCCGCCGACGCCACGCAGCGGCGCCACCAGCAGCAGCGGCCGCCCCAACUACGACCGCCUCGACUCCAUGACCUGGAGCGAGCGCGACUGGGACGACAGCGGCGACGACAGCGACGACGAGGCCUUCACCUCGCCCCAGUCGGCCGCCUCCCACAGUGCCCGCCACUCGUGGCUGCGCAGGAAGGGCACCACCUCCUCCUCCUCCGGCACCGGCGCCAGCAACAACAACAAUGGCGGCGGCGGCGGCGGUGGCGGCAACAACAGCUGGAACUGGACAGAGAAGAUUGUGGGCAAGGGCGCUGCCAAGCCUCCACGGGGCGGCGCCACUCCCCCAUCUGCAGGUGCGGGCGGCUCUGCUGCCGGCGCGGCCAAGGACGCCGCCGACAGCGCGAGGCCGACUGUAUAGGGAGAGAGGGUCGCGGGCCGAUCUCACGCUGCCUGACGACCGCUGUGUUCCCCAUUCCUUUUACAUGUUUCUUUUCGGGGGUUCUUUUUGAAAUCUGUAGCCUGUUUUGCUCCCAUAUCUCCCUAGGAAGUUUGCUCCGUCACCUCGUGUUCCUCAUUGUUCCAAACCCCCCAUCUCGCAUCGCCUCCGAGAGAGGGCUUUAUUAGUGUAGCACCUUUUCUACCUGGCUACCAUAACAGCAUGUUUAUUCGUCUCGUGGUCAUGUCAAAUGGCUUCAAAAUCACGCAUCAGGAGAACGCGGUACCCACUAGAAGUUCGCCGCGGGGAAGGCGGUCGGUUCCAGUCCGAAAGGUGUCUCCCGUCAUGAGUAUUCCUUGUGCUCAAGCGCCGUAAGCAACGUGUGCGCCGACAGAUCACAUAUUGAUCAAAAAUCUCAACUGGGCAGGAGCCGAGAAUGCUGUUUCGAGAGAGCAAGGCAUCUUGUUCAAAGGGUAUCAAGCCAAGUACAGGUGUCAUAGUAAAAAAUAUCUUGUGUGUAUAGACUGGACUUGGCGUUGCGUGAAACGACAGACACCAAGCCCACCUUCUCCCGCCGCCCAGCUAGCUACAAGCCAGUGCAAAAUCGCAAGUUUCGCCGAUUCGCCAUGUUUUUCAUGAUUACCCAUGUAUGGUAUCUCUCCGCAAAACUCCGAGAAAAGAGCUAUGCCCCAAACGCCUGCCAAAAUCAAAUCAACAAAGAAAAAGGAGGCGAAUUAUAGCCACUCCAGUGCUAUGCUCAUC